UCGGUUGUUUGAACUUCUUUCCCCUUCUUGUAGUUAAUUGUCUUGAGUGUUGAAUAAAUUUUUAAUUAGAUUGAUUAACUUUCCGAUAUUUGUUUUAAUUUAAUUUAAUUAUGACUUCCAACAAUUACUACGGUUUCACCCAUGGCGGUAACACAUAUGGCUCUGGAUAUAUAAGUGCUCCCAAUAUGGCUCAAGGAGGUUUCUCUGGACAUGGUCCGGUUGCAUCUUCUUAUUCUGCUGCUCCAAGAGCAUCAACUUACGAUCAAAAUUUUGCCACAACCGGAGCGGCAAUGGCCACUAAUUAUGGUUAUGCUCGACCAUCAGUUGGUCAUUCUCGAUCUUUUUUCCAGGCACCUGCUGCUGUUGCUUAUCCCACAGAUGCUAAUCAAUAUUCCGCUGCAAAUCCCACCAGUACCAUGUAUCCAUACACAGGAAAUUCAUCAUCAUACACCAACACAUACAAUUCGGUUGUUACAAAUUAUGCAGCUUCGGCUCUUUAUAGUCAACAGGCUACAGUUGCUCAACAUGAUAACUCUUCGACUGCCGCAUAUACUUCAGGUAAACAAGGGAACUGGAAUUUUAAGAAAACUCUCAAAGGUAAUAAGAUGAAAACGACUCCAAAAGUACAACAAUUACAUUACUGUGAGGUUUGUAAGAUUAGUUGUGCUGGUCCUCAAACAUAUAAAGAGCAUUUAGAUGGACAAAAGCAUAAAAAGAAAGAAGCGCAAAUGAAAACUGGAACAGCAAUAACCCCAAACAAAAGAGGUCAACCUGUGGGUGUUUCUCUUCGUUGUGAAUUAUGUGAUGUAACCUGUACCGGUAAUGAUGCAUAUGCGGCUCACAUACGAGGUUCUAAACAUCAGAAAGUAUUGAAACUUCACACAAAAUUAGGUAAACCAAUUCCUUCAACUGACCCAGUGGUGAUGUCACAAAAAUCUAAAUCAUCAUCAGAGGCUAUCAAUUCUCAAAUACCAACUAAUUCUGGCAAGAUAAAAGUUCUAGGUACUCCAAAAAUCAAUUUUCUUAGUGGUGGACGUCUUCAUACAACAAAUACACCAAUUAUACCUCCAGGUGUAACAUUAAGCAAUACAACACCCGAAGCUGAAUCCCAACCUUUAAAUGAAGAUCCAAUGCCUCAAGAAUCUAGCAAUUAUCAACCACCUUCAACACCGAUAGUACCAAAUACUUCAUCAUCUUCCGUUGCACCUCAAUUUACAUCACCCAGUCCUCCUAACUCAACAUUUGUUAUCACAACUGAUCCUAAUCUCAUGGAUUAUGAAAAAUCUGAUUCACAACCAGUAGGACAGGAUUACAUUGAAGAGCACAGAAGUGAUGAUAGUAAAACUGUCAGUUUUCAUUGUAAACUUUGUGAUUGUCGGUUUAAUGAUCCAAAUGCUAAGGAAAUGCACUUAAAGGGAAGACGCCAUCGAUUGCAAUAUAAAAAGAAAGUUGAUCCCAAUUUAGUCGUAGAUAUUAAACCAAGUUUGAAACAAAGAAAAAUUCAAGAAACCAAAGAUAAAAGAUUUUUCCAUAACAAACAACGAGACCAUCAUUACUGGAAUGAUUGGUAUCCCCCACCCAAUCGAGGAAUGGGAAUGGGUGGAAUAGCCUAUGGUUAUAUGCCCCCACCGCCACCUCCUCCACCUCAUAUGAUGCCACCAUCAGGUUUUGGUGGUCCUGCUGGUCCUGGUGGUCUUUUGAUGGGUCCAUUACCAUUUAGAGGACGUGGAGGACAUUCUGGUGGUUCAUGGGACGAUAAUCAUUUGAUUCAGAAACAUUCAGAAAUUUGUCCAUCCGAAAAUGAAUUAGACGAAAUUCAUCAUGUUGUUAUGGUAACCGAAAGAGCUUUGGCUGGAGUAUAUGACAAACUAUCAAAAGAAGAUAACCAAAAUGCUAUAAAUGAAAUAAUUCAGAAAGAAUUGAAAGAAGAAUUUUCAAAUGUAACCGAAGGUCAAAUGGUAACUAAUCCAUCUGAAUCCACUACUGAAACAAUUAACAAUAAUUCAACAGCUACUAAAGAUGAAAAUCAAGAAGAACUCCCUAAACAAACAGAAAGCUGUACAAAUGAAAAUGCCAACAAAGAGGAAAAAACAACGAAUGGUUCAAACUGUGAAACAACCAAUGAUAAAAACGAUGAGAACAAUUCUAAUCGUAUUUUAAGAGGACUGAUGCGAGUUGGCCCAUUAGCUAAAAAUCUACUUUUAGUCGGAGAUAAAGAAGUUGAUUUAGUUAUCAUAUGUUCAGAUAAACCAACAAAUCAGUUGGUAAUGAGAGUCAUGAAUCAUUUACCUAAACAACUCGAGCUUGUUAAUCCAACGGAUAAGUAUGAGAUACACGUUAAAAUCGGUGAAGGAAAAAUUUCGAUCACAUCAACAUCAGAACUUCCGAUUACUGUUAAUGUUCACUUCACAUCUCCAUCUAUAAGAGAGUCUAGUGCACCGGAAGUAAUUGCUCCUGCGGAGAUGGUUAAAGAACCGAAGCAAAUAUUGGACAGGCAAAAAUGCCUUGAUGCAUUGGCUGCACUUCGCCAUGCAAAGUGGUACCAGGCUAGAGUUUCCAAUCUUCAUCCAUGUCCGAUGAUAAUCCGAUUGAUUCGAGAUCUUUGUAGGAGAUUACCAACCUGGUCUAAACUUGAUCUUUGGGCUGUUGAAUUACUUUGUGAACGAGUAAUUUCAAGUGCUGGUGAACAAUUAAAUCCAGGGGAAGCAUUCAGACACGUUUUGGAAGCCAUCGCCUCUGGUUUACUAUUACCCGGUGGGGCCGGUUUAAUGGAUCCAUGUGAAAAAGAGCCAACUGAUGCUCUCGCUAAUUUGACUCGACAAGAACGUGAAGAUAUUACAUCAUCAGCACAACAUGCAUUGAGGUUAAUUGCAUUUAGACAAAUACACAAGAUACUUGGCGUUGAACCGAUGCAAUCAAGACCACGAAAGCGAAGAUUAGAUUCUGAACAUGAAGAAUCAAAUACUCUCGAAGGAGAUAAUGAUAAUAAAAAGGAUAAGAAAGAAUCUGUAUGGACAGAAGAAGAUGCUCAUACUUCUGCUUGUGAAGAAAAUUCUCAAAAAAUACCAAAAUCAGAGGGAACCAUUGAAUCAUCUCUUACAUCAACUUCACCUUAAUUGUUGGCAUUAGUCGAUUUCUUCGCUUAAUUUUUAAACUAAUUUUUCUUUCGUCUUCUGCCUACAUAUUUCUCUCCCAUCAUCUCUCUUUUCGUUUCCAUGAAAACAACAACAACAACAACAACAUUCAUAUGUCACAUAUUACCUAUCAUAUUAAUCAUUGGUGGACACUUGAGAUUAGAUUAACCAUUUGUUAAAGAGCAAAAGAAAAACAAUCUUGUCAAACUAAAGUGAAGAUGAUCCCAAGUUAAAGUGUGAUAAUCGACAGAUCCAUGAUUUACACUGAUAACAAUUAACUCUAAUUAAAGUGAUAUUCAAAUCAUUGUGACCCAUUA